AGCGACGCCAAAAGUGAAGACUUCCUGUAGUUACAAGAAGUGUUAUCAAGAAACUGCGCAUUUCCCCUAAAACUCAAUUGAUUCAUCGAUCCCAAAUAUCCCUAUUUUUGUCUUAUAAUUACAUUCGAACACGAAGAAGUAGGAUUUUUUUUAACCACCCAAACCUAGCCAGCCUGUGACUAACGUAAACUCAAAUCCUCUCCUGAUCCAUAGUGUCUCUUAAUUAAAGGUUUUAGAAGCAAAGUCCAGCAAGUUCGAUUAGUUCCAGUUCAAGCUUAAGAUAAAAAAGACGAGUUCUUAGGCACAUACCUCUUGUUAGGCACAUUCAUUCAUUCAUUCAUUUUCAUUCCAUCACACUAACCACUUUGAUCACGCUUACGCACGCAUACCCUUACCUUAGACAAGAUCCGAUCCAGUGAGUAUUUGAACUCUUAGAAAAAGUAAAUAUGCAAGAAAGCCAAAGCUGCUGUGUAAUUCGCAAAGAGUGACUCGCCUAGUUACUUUUCGAAGCCAUUUCUUAGUACUUAAUUCUACAUAGACGCUGAGUUGUAUUUUAUCGUUUGGUUCUUUCAUUUCUUGUUACGAAGUUAUCAUUAGAUUCUUGAAAAUGGGGCACUUCAGUUUGCUAUUCGCGAAAAACUGCCGCACCAACCUUGGCUGCAGUUGUGGCGGGUGCAUUAGGCUAUUUUAUCCCGGCAUCCUCAUGGUGCUUUUCGGUUUCCUGUCCGUAUUAUGGUUGAUUCUCGAUAAAAGCCUUUUCAACCAGCAACAUGAUUGGUAUGAAUGGGAGCGUCGCAUAACUACCAACAGCUUCUAUGGUGCCAUCAUUCGGGAGAGAGAAAGUUCCUUCCGGUUGACCCCUUUUUUGUGGUUUUCUUCGACGAUGAUUUUCUCCGGGCUGCUAGCGUCAGUUCUUCCCAUGCGCCUCGUUCACUCGGUGGUCUCCGAGAGAACCUACGCAGAAGUCGAGUCUGGGAUGAUGAACAUGCAGCUUGUGUACGGAGUGAAGCGCAGCGUAUACUGGUCUGCGCACUUCUUGUUUUGGUACCUCAUUUUCAUUCCAUUCGCGCUUAUCGGUGGUAUCGGCGUGGUCAUGUAUACUGACACCUGGGUGAACCGUGACGCAAAAACAAACCAUGCGCUGUACGCGGAGGGUAAAUUUCUGCCCUGCUUGGCCUUUCUUUUCCCGGUCUUCAGUGCUUUGCUGGUUUCGGCGACCUUCGCUGUCGAAGCGCCCACGCGCGAAAAGUUUCAGAGCAUGGUCAACUCUGUAGCCGUUCUGGGUUCCUCCCUCGGAAUCGCUCUAUCCUUCGCUUUGGAUUUGAUCUUCCCGUCCCGCGGAAGUAUGUGGGCGACGGUACUGCAGACUAUUGCCGACACGGCUGCGGCCAAAACGGAGUGUCCGUCUACCAAGCUGGGCGGGAUCAACAUGAUCGCGAAUGGUAUUCUCGGGACACUCAUUCCCGGAUACGGGACCAUGCGCAUUCUCACGCGCGGAAUGCAGUCCUACUACGCCAUUUGGCUGGCUUUUAACUAUGGACUUGCGAAAACCAAUAAGAACAACGAGAACCCGAGUUCUGCCACAGUAAGCGGCGCAAAUAGCGGCCGUAGCGACCCGAGUCCAUUUUCCGCCAAGGGCACCGAUUCCUACUCGGUGUACUGGUGUGCGGCCACCGGAACACUGCAACCGCCCGGACCGCUUGGUCAAGCGGGCAAUCUGGACCAAGAACUGGCGAAGGUAAUGCGCAACAUCGGCGCCGACAAAAUGUGGGAAAAUUCUGGGGAGUACAAGUUCACGGUCAUCAUUGACUACAUUGGCAUCUUUCUUAACGUGGUUUUCUGGUUUGUGAUGCUCGUGUGGCGCCAGAGCCGUCGCAUGUCAGCGGAGCGGGGGGAUGUCGCCACGACCAGCGCCCCGGCGGCGCACCCAAUGCUUCCGGCAGCAAUGGAUGACGAGAGGCUUCUCCCAGCGGAUGCGGUUGCAGAGCCUGAGAAAUACGCCCUCGUGCUGCACAAUCUCACGAAGAGCUUUGCCGGCAAGAAAUCGCUCGCGAACGACAAGAUCUCCUUCGCAGUGAAGCGUGGCGAAAUUUUCGGCCUCUUGGGACACAACGGCGCGGGGAAAACGACGAUGGUUUCGCAAAUUGUGGGUAUGAUCCCAUGCACGGAUGGAGACGCGUGGGUGGACGGGAAAAGCAUUCGGUCUGAUCUUAUGGAGAGAUGAAUACUUCUUUAGCGAUAAUUGUUAGUGUUCCGUUUCUAGGUACAAAUGGAACUCCUCGUUUAAUACUCCUAGUGUCGACUGAUCUUAGUGCACGCUUUUGAAGGAACAGUGGUUCAGUCUUGAGCCAGAUCCUGUUUUCCUCACAUGCAAGCGUGAGAAGGAUUCUCAGGCUCAUGUUGACUCUUCUACCCUAUCCGAGUGUGAGUUGCCUUGUGAUUUUCCUUCAUUUUCGCCGGCGCGGUGCAGCAGCGAGUUUCCUUGUGCCCACAAGUGAACCCCUUUUGGGAUGGCUUCACGCUACGAGCACACGCCACAAUGUUUGCGAAGCUGCGAGAUCCUACUCGCGAUGAUGGGGAGAUCAACGCCAAGAUCGAAGAGUACGCUGCGGGCCUUGGAUUGCGUCGCAAGCUCGACGGACUGUGUGAAGAACUCUCCGGUGGACAGAAGCGCCGUUUGUGGGUUCUUUGCUCUCUGCUAGGAAAAACGCCGCUGGUGCUGAUGGAUGAGCCCACUUCUGGCAUGGACCCGCAGGCACGACGCGACUUUUGGCAAAUGCUGAAGCGGGUGGUGAAGCAGGAGAAUCGCGCUGUGGUCUUCUCCACGCAUUACCUCGAGGAAGCAGAUUUGUUGGCCCAGCGCAAGGUGAUUCUGAGCGCCGGGCGUGUGAUGGCAUUGGGUACGAGCGCGGAGCUGAAGCGGCAGUGGGGCGUCGGCUACUGGUUGCACGUCGCGGUGAAACCCGAAGUAGUGCCUGACGAUGGAACUGCCGUGGCGUUACUGGAGAAUGAAGUCGGGCGCAACGUGGUUGCCAUGCAGUUGGCGAGCGCAGCGGUGCGCGGUCCGUCGGUAUCUGGUGGUGAUGUGACGCCGCGCAAUGGUGGCGAUGUACAGUUGGUCUACCGCGAGAAGCUUGCGAAGGGCACCGACUUGCUGGAUGCUAUGGCCGCGGAAAAUGGUGGGCAGCAUCGCGAGCUGGGGAAGCGCAAGCUUUUCGUGAGCAACCCCCGCAUGGCGCCGCAUUUUCUUUCCUUCUCGAUCCCGUGGGCCAAGGCCUCGUGUAUCCCGAAGAUCCUCGCCCAGCUGGAACCGGAUACGCGUCUGCGCGCUACGCUCGAGAUGACGACGCUGGAGGAAGUGUUCUCUACGGUUGGAGAGCGCGCGCAUCGGGGAGACGAGCAUGAUCCAGAUGAGUUUGACGGCACUUUCGAGUCGCCGGCGACGCCUGGGGAGGACACCAGCUCGGGCUUACCGCUGCAGCUGCGGCCAAGGCGUCUGGAGUUUCGUGCACAGUUUUCUGCGUUGUUUCGCUUCCGAAUGGCGGAACAGCUGCUGCCGGACAUCCGUACCUACGUGAUGGUCGGGCUCUUCCACUUGUUCAUGCUGGUCACCAUUAUCGCCUUCAACAAGAUGAAUCAGGCACCGGUGGACGAUCAGCCCCUCUCGGGGGUGGAAUUCUUUGCCAACGUCCUGGCUGUGGGGAUUGGCGCAGUGGUUUUUCCGGCGAUCAUGCAGCUAGCGGGCAUCGACAGCACAGCGGACAUUCUGGGACGCGAGCGCGAGGAGGGGAUUCUGCAGCACAUGUUGAUGCACGGCCUCUCACCUGGCGCUUAUCAUUUGGCGAACUUUUGCAGCUUUGUUCUCUCGCACUCACUAUUGGUUUGGCUCCCGCUGCUCAUCCUCUUUGUCUCGCUUGUCGAGGUUUUCCGCGGUACAGCGAUGCUUGCUGUAAUUUUUGUUUUCCUGUGUAUGAUUCCUUCAACUAUUUUGUGGGCUAUGCUUUUCGGGAAGGUUUUUGGCAAGGGCGGGCGAAGCACUUUCGCCAUUUUGGGUUUCGCGGUACCGCUUUUCAGCAUGACCCUUGGCAAGGUUGUGUCCGAGCUGAAAGCGGAAGAUCUGCCGUCGCAAACUCCCGAGGAAUUUUCAUCAACCCGCAGCUCCUUCGUAGAGGAGAGUUCGACAUCGAUAUUCGAGAACGCAACAGGAGCAGCCCCUCCGACGACUUUGCACCGAGAACAGGAACAAAUAACUACUACGGCCUCGACGUUCAUGUCUAUGUCGUCGGGCUCGGCGGGUCUCCAGCACUGGGAGAUGGCGUUCGAUGGCGCAAUGGCCAGGACCAGGAUCUCUUCGGAUGCCUCGUAUGAAGAGAGUGAUAUCGUUGCCGAAGAUCAAAAUCCAGACGUCGUCGUCGUCGGGUCGACACCGGGAGUGUCCUUCGCGCAACAGCCCGCAGCAGGAGGGAGCAGCCGUGUGCAGCAGAUGCUGAAGGAGCUUCGUGCCAAGGUGAGCGCCGCUAAGUCACGACGUUUUGAACGGCAGAAAGACUUUCUGUGCAAAAAGGCUUUCACUGGGCAAGAAAUUCAGAUCAAGUACAGCAUGGCGUGGGUGUUGUCGACCAUUUCGCUGUUUCUGUCUUUGCUCUUUCCCGGGGUCGCUAUCGAUGCCGCGAUGCGACACAUUUUCAACCAGUAUAAGAUACAGAGCGUCUUUGUAGUCAUGCUCGAACACGCGCUUAAGACGGAGAACUUCAAGAACCUGUUUAAGAUUCUCGAGACAAUGUCGCAGGAGGAGCGCGAAAUGAUCCGGGGCGCGAUGAAGCAGGAGCUGGGGAUUGAUCUGGCGGAUUUGCCCACUCGCUCGUGGCCAGCCAGCUGGUACUUAUUCGGAACGAUGCCACAAGAGGUGGAGACGCUUCUGGAUAACGAGACGCUCUGGCGCGUGUACCCGGAACACCUCGGUGAGUCGAAAGGAUGCCGAUCCGACAAUUUUUUCCGGCCCAUGGCAUGGAUGUUGGUCUGGGCACCCUUUUGGAACCUCUUGUUCGUGACAGUGCUCUUUUUCCUCUCCUUCUCCUGCGACAGCUGUAAGCGCGGGCGCAAGGCCAUCACGCGGGGAGAGCUUCCGCAGGUUGUGGACGACAUGUCUCGCGACGGCGAUGUGAAGGUGGAGGAGCAGCGGGUGAUGGCGCUGCGCUCGGGCAGUCAAAUGCCCGUCCCCGGUGGUGCGCAGCAGAUGGCUGGGGAUGAUGCCGACAAGGUGUAUGUGCAGGAUGUGCGUAAGCGCUUCUACGAUUCGCGUAAGAACCCGUUCUGGGCGACGGCCGGAGUGUCGUUUGGCGUGAAGAAAGGCGAGUCCUUCGGUUUGUUGGGGCCAAACGGUGCCGGUAAGACGACGCUGUUCAAUAUGCUGAGUGGCGACCUGAAUAUCGGUCCACCUGACACGGGGGCCAUCGUGGUGGACGGAACCGAGCAGGUGGACACGCAGUUCGAGCACGGUUACCAGAUCAUGGGUUUAUGUCCUCAGUUCGACAAGAUCUGGCCCAAGGUGACUGCAGAAGGGCACCUGCGGCUCUACGCGCGGCUCUGCGGCCAGUACUACCCUCCAAGUGGAGCCACUGGCGGCGAGAACGAGACUCUCAUGGGUCGUGAAGGUGACUGGGGGGAAAAGCGCAUUCAACGCUUCCUGCGCGAGGUAUCGCUCUCUGCAGAGGACGCGAAGCGACCAUCUGGAGGCUACUCUGGCGGAAUGAAGCGCAAGCUAUCAGUGGCCUUCACUCUCAUCACUGAUCCGGAACUCGUCUUCUUCGACGAAAUGUCUGCAGGGGUACCUACAUAUUCUCAAGAACCUCUGAACAAUAUCUUUUUCCUUGUCAAAUUUUCUAAAAUUUUUGAGCUACUUAGUACUCGUAGUGUUUGAAUGGUUGCCACUAAUAUUGCUGCUCGUCUUCAACAUUCAACACGCUCGCUCCUUCGACAUUGACGCGUUUUUGUCAUUUUUCUUUUUGAAAAAGCAGUUGCAGUAGAGAAUGCUAAUGAGGAGUCGUGGACUCCAUUCAAAUUCAAAUUUUCAUUCACACCGCUUUCUUCAUCUUUAUAGACAAAGCCCUUCUUUAGGUUGACAUUGUCGCGCAGCGUGCGUUGUGGACGAAACUGAUCGACCGCCCGUUGGGUCAGACUAUUGUGUCGACGACGCAUUCGAUGGUGGAGGCUGACUCGACCUGCGACAAACUCGCCAUUUUGGUUGGCGGUCGCCUGCAGUGCUUCGGCAGUACUGCACGAAUUAAGCAGGUCUACGGAAGCGGAUUCCACCUGGAACUGAUCCUGCGCAACGCUGAUGCCAUCUUUGCCGAUGAGGAAGAGGGGCCGGCUGCUAGUACAUUAUGUCUUUUUCUCUUGAAUAUCUUUUAUCCAGCAUUUAUUUGGCAUCAAAUGACACGACCCAUAGAACAGUUAUGGACGACAUAUUUAUACAUAGUACAAAAAGUGCAGUCGGCUUCUUGAUGCAGAAGCAUGAUCCCACAGUGGGCCUAAAUAUGAGAGAUUGAGCAGAACCGGUCACGUGUGCCUGUCAACGGGAAUGAGCAGUGGUUUCUCUCCUGGAGAAUGUUUGAAUGAUAUUCGAUCGCCCACUACUUUUACCGUAUUGUCGAUUGCUAAGGUAUUUUGUGCGACGUUGACAUUGUGCGGUGAGAAGUUUUUUUUUGCAUGAUUCGACAUUUUUACUUCUCCCCUUAUCAGGCAACGGAAGCCGUCGGCGGUCCAGCUAUGGGAAUAUUGUGAUGAACGCUCGCAGUGCCGGCAUGUCUCAUCUUAUUCAGGAAGACGCGAGUUCGAGGCCGCUCGUGCAGUCGAUUCAGAACUUCCUGCAAUCUCGCGGGGUCAACGUCGGCGGAGGCCAAGGCGGGCUGUCAAUCACCACUCUCGAGAAGAUGCCCUUCGGUGGAGGUCGCGGUCGUCUGGUGCUCGGGAUCGGCGUCGAUCAAGAGGCGGCUAAUCCUGCAGCGGUAUAAUCAUGAAGACUUCGUCAUGUUUGUUGUUUAUCAUCACUGUUUAUGGUAGGCCUAGCUGGUAGACGAUUUAUUUGCAUUGAUUUCCACCUUUCCCUUGUAGAAUGGCAAUGACUCUCGGACUUUUCGCGUGACUUGCACUUGUGCCAUUAUUUCGUCUCGUUUCUACUCUCUUGAGAGCUGUAACGCCUCCUGACUGUACUAGGCGCCAAUUCACCCACUCGGUCACUUCAACGAACAUCUCAGGCUCAAAAGGCAGCUGAAAACGCGGCUCCCUUGCGCGUUCUGAGCCCCAUUUUUGAAUGGUGCCUUACGGACUCGAUGGGCAUGGUGGAGGACUUUUCUCUUGGUGAGCCCACACUUGAGCAAAUCUUCUUGCGGUUUGCAAAGCAGCAAGAACUCUUGGAUGCUAUGCGGGGCUUGGGUAACUAAGUGACUCCUUAGCUGCAAUACCGAGCCGUCUGCUCUAAUUCUAUAAAUUUGGAAUUUUUCUCUAAUCUGUUUUCUUUAUUCCGGAGAACCAUAUCACUACCAGCAGCAGGUGGAUGUAAUAAAAUUCAAGGAAGGCGCAAAUAGUAGUAAUAUCCAUUUCGUUCCAAUUGAUUCAUAGUGGCUCUCCUAGUCAACUUGUUGCCAUCAAAAUCUUCCGCAUUCGCUAUGAUUUACUUACACGCGGGCACUCCGUGCGAUAUUUUCUUAAUGUCUAGGCUACUGGGCACAGACUGUUAAUAAUUGUUGAUACUUAAAUAUUUCCUUGCCGUGAUUCGAUUGGCAAGCUGCGACUUCAGGUCUAUUGUUUUUUAAGGGGUGCGCUACAAAGAAAUACAAAGUAAAAGUAAAAGUAAAUAAAGUAUGCGAGCUGCGAAGCUCAAGAAAAUAACCGCCGAACACUUAAAGAAGCGCACGCACCCAACAGGCAAGGCGGGACGUAUUCGCCGUGAUAGUUUUUCCCAUUCUGCUAGAGCUUAGAACAACCCUCGCCCGCGUUGUUUGUCGUUGUAUGCACUUGGCUACAGAACCUGCCACAUGUUGGCCAGUAGCUGGAGCAAUGCCGACGGCAUUCAUUGGCUAGGGAUUCUGUAACUACGAGAUAUCGAAAAUUCAAAAUGUGACAAGAUGUCACGAGCCGUGCUCGUCAGCGUAGUUGUUUGAUGUUGAUGAAGCGCGCGGGGAACAACAAUGAAUGGGGGUGAUGCAUAGACGAGUAGGGCGUGAUGUACAUUCGUGCACGGGAAACAGCAUGGAGUAAAAUUGUUUUUUGUCAGUUCCAUGAUCAUAAGGUUGAGAUCUGAGUGAAAGUAGCGCGGAUACAGGAAGCGUAAAACUAAAGAAUUUGUGAUACAGACCCUCACUAAGUUACGGUUGGGGUUCGGGCAAUGCGGUACAGUCCUUCAUUGAUGGCUAUGCCUAUUGAAGGAGCAACUCUGACACAGUGGGCAUAUCAUAGGCGACAGUGUAAAUGCGAAGGAUGUGGCAUCACCUUCGGAAGAAAUGCUGAGCUCUGACUUGUUGGUCAGCUUAGCGUCCGAGUAUCGUCGCGGUAGCAUAAAGUACGCAUAGAGUCUAGAUAUCUUGAAUGGUGCAAGAGUUUUUUUUGGUCUUCUGUGUCUAUUCAAAUCGGAAAUAGCAGCUGCGAUGAUGUUGGAUAUUGCUCAUGGUAUGGUCUCGGCGCUUCUUGGUACUUCUUUGCCGCGCCGAAAUUAGUUUAUUGUCCAGGACUGAAAAUUGUUCUAAAAUGUUGGCAGAGUGGACAUAUUUAUAGUUACCUGACGUAAAA